AUUCUAACUGCGCAUGCGCGGAUCCCGGAGCACGGCGAUCGGUGGUGCGCUGUGUCCCUCAGACACAGCGGAUCACCAAUCCACAGAAAGAGCCGAAGAUGUCGGCUCGGUCAUGUGAUCAGCUGUGUCCAAUCACAGCUGAUCACAUGGGACAUGUACACAGAUCAUCAGAGCACUGAUGAUCAGUCAGCGCCACCUGUCAGUGUCCAUCAGUGCCAGCUCUCAGUGCUCAUCCAUGCCACCUGCCAGUGCCCAUCAGUGCCACAUCAAUGCCACAUAUCAGUGCCCAUCUGAGCUGCCUUUCAGUGUCACCCAUCAGUGCCAGUCACUGCCACCUAUCAAUGCCACCUAUCAGUGCUGACAGUGCCACCUAUCAGUGCC